CUUAAUCUCAGUAGGGUGUGUCUACUGACAGCAGAUGUGAACUGUUUCAAUGAGGAACGGCUGGCCAGCUACAAGAAAGACUGAUCUUUUGAUUGUUGUGAUUUCUGCCUUGGAUUAUGCCUGUACCAUGGAAACAUCAAUCCCUUCGCUUCUGCUGGUUCUGUGGCUCAAGAGUUUGCUGAACUGGCUGGUGGUCGUGGUGCAGCGACACUAUGUGAUCAGGAGUUUCUCAGGAUUCUUCUGCAUUUCAUUGUCACUGAUUGACAGUCUCUUGAGUUUUGUCCUGACAGCUAUUUUCUAUCUGGAAGACUUCAACAUCUCAGGCUGGCACUUGACCAGGUAUCACAUAUGCCUGCUGGCUCAGAUUACUUGUUUUAUCUACACCGUGCUCCACUGGCCAGUUUUCCUCCUUGUAGGACUAGAUAACUUCUGGAAGCUAUCAUCAAGCUCAACACACACAUCCUGGAAACAAAAACUGACUUACUGUGCUGGAGUGUGCCUCCUUUGGAUUCUAGCAGCGUUGUACGUUUUCUCGGAGCCUGAUGUUGUUCUGUUAUUAGGAGAUGAUGAGAAGCACCAGUGCGAGCUGUUUAGUAGCCCUCAGAGUUCUCAGGUUCUCGUCGCGUUGCUGCUGACAGUCACCGGCGUCAUUCUUUACUCGUACGCUCCGCUAGAGAAAUGGAGGGUGCAGGUGUUUCUGCAUUUCGCUCAACAAAGCUGUGUGGUUUGUUUAAGGCGGGCUAUGUGUACGUUCCUCAGCACAUGGGCCUCGUUUCUCGUUCUGAUGAUCGUCUCGCCGCUGCUCCCGCUCCGGAUAGAGAUGCACGCGCACCUGCAGUUGAACGUCAUCUGGUUGUGUUUCCUCAACAGCUUUUCCGUCGCUUUGGCUCUGUGCGGCCGCUCUUUUACAUCGAGUUCCAAGAACAGCGACACCAUCACAGAUGGUUUUUGUUCCUGGUACGUUUGUUUUACAUAUGGAGCUGACGAGUGGAAUUAGCUAUGGACAACAAUCCAGUGACCGCACUCAAGUUUAAAACACUACACAAUAUCUGACCAUGUUUACUCAGGAGAAGGCGUUAUUUGCUUUCGUGUUUGCAUUAAAAAAAGGAAAAAAGAAACACCUUUGGGUUUGUAAAUUACAAAAAAAAUGUUGCACAAAUGAUUCGUCUCUUUACUAUGAGAAAAAUUC